AUGAGCCGCGCCAGCAGUCGAUCGUCAGACCGGCCGGCCUCGGCCGACCUCUCUGGCAGCAUCUACCUCAUCACCUCCGAUGGCAAGACACUCAAGCUACCCAUGCCAAGUAACUCACCCUACGACCCGUUGAACUGGAGUUUGCCGAAGCGACUCGUCGCCAUGGGAGUACUCAUACUAUACUCGAUUGUUUCCAUGCUGGAGACGCAAGCUGCCAGUUUAAUGUAUAAAUCUCUCGCUGUCGAGUUCAACGGACAGGGGUUCUCGGCCGGGUUGAGCCUGAGUGCGUCCAUCUUGAUUGUCAUUGACUUGACUUUCAUCGACGAGCGCCCUAAUGCUCUAGGCAUGUUCUGGAGUAUCGGGUGCGGCGGUGGCCUUCUGUCCCUCCGCAUCGUCCCGGCACUCGCGGCCCCGGGAUGGAGAAGCUUCUAUACCGCAUGGCUCGUACCUUGUCUCGCCGUAUUCAUUUGCGCCUUCUUCUUCCUGCCCGAGACGUACUUUGUCCGGCCAGCCGUUGCCUUCGACGGCCACAUCCUCGUCCAGGGUGGUUCGGAAAAGGUCAAGAUGUAUGACGACUGGGAAGAGCUGCCAGGCGGAAAGACCAGCGAGGUAAUCCAGCCCGAGGCUGCACCCGAGACGGUCUGGCAAGGCAUGAUCAGGCGAUGGGGAGUGCGCAAGAGCGGUGCAGGGUUCCGGGAGAUGUGGACGUGCUAUGUGCAGACAAUGCUCUGCGCGUGCAAUCCCCUCGUUUUCUGGGUCGCGAUCCUCAACGCCCUCAACUUUGGCGCAAUGAUCUUCAUUGGCGAAACGUACGCGGUGGUCAUGUCCCAGCCGCCGUACAACCUUCCCGAGCGUGUCAUCUCCAUGGUCAACCCUGUCUCGGCGAUCGGUUCCCUUCUCGCCUGGCCCGUGUCGACCAUCCUGACUUCGCGUGUUGCUCGUCGUUUGACGCUCCGCAACGGCGGAAUCCGAGAUGCGGAACACUACCUCAUCGCCUUUCUCCCCGCCGUCCUCGCUGGUGCGGGCAGUAUCUUUCUGUACGGCUUUACCGUGCACUACAAAUGGAGCUUCAUCUGGAUCUUUGUCUCCUACCUCAUCAACGCCUUCAGCGCGGCUGCAUACGGCAUCGCUUCAACGCUCUGGGUAACGGAAGCUUUCCCUCGCUGGGCGGCGCCAGCCAUGGUCAUUGUCGGCGGAGCGGGGUACAUGUUGAGCUUUGCGACGAGCUACGCUGUUACACCAUGGCUUAGGUCACAAGGCUACCUGGGCGCCAACUUCGAAUUGGGUGCUAUCCUCCUCGUCGUGGGCGGCGUUGCUGUACCCCUUGCUUUCUGGGGAAAGAGUUUGCGACAGUACAUUGAUGGCCGGUGGGGUGUUUCGGAAGCUGGAGCGUUGCGUCCGCAAUAG